AUGUGGCUCGAGCGAGGGCUUAGCGAACACACGCUGGCCGCAUAUCGUCGUGACCUGCAGAAUGUUCAGAACUGGCUGCUGCUGCGGGAGCGAGAUCUGCUCACUGCACGCGCUUCUGAUCUUAUGGAGUAUAUGGCGCAUCGCUUUUCGGAAGGCAUUGCCAGUCGCAGUGCGGCUCGCAACUUAAGCGCUCUAAGAGGCUUUUAUCGUCACCAGCUCUUAAAAGAGGCGCUGGCUGAGGAUCCAACCGCUCUGCUGGCGCAUCCGAAAACCGGUCGGGCUUUACCGCUGGUGAUUUCAGCAGCCCAGGUGGAGGCGCUGCUGGCAGCGCCAGAUGUCGGCACGGCCCUGGGCCUGCGGGACAGAACCAUGCUCGAAGUGCUCUAUGCGACCGGUUUGCGGAUCUCUGAAUUAAUUACGCUGCAACUCACCAGCAUUAACCAGCGCCAGGGAGUCGUUCGAGUCACCGGCAAAGGUGGUAAAGAACGUCUUGUGCCGAUGGGAGAGACAAGCCUGCAGUGGUUAGGCAGAUACCUGCAGGAUGGGCGCAGUGAACUGUUGGGAGAAGCCGGAAGUGUGCUGUUCCCGAGUCGUCGAGGCCAGCAGAUGACCCGGCAAACCUUCUGGCAUGCAAUUAAGCGUUAUGCGCUGAUUGCGGGGAUUCCCAGCACAGUAUCGCCGCAUACAUUACGCCAUGCUUUUGCAACGCAUCUAGUGGAUAAUGGCGCCGAUUUGCGUGCGGUACAGAUGAUGUUGGGCCACAGUGAUUUAUCAACAACCCAGAUCUACACGCAUAUAGCCCAGCAGCGACUGCAGAACCUUGUACGCAGCGAAAAACUCAUGGCGAAACUUGCGCUGUUACUGCCUGACCUGCCAAUCGAGGCUGUUGUCGCUACGCCCAAAGCGGGCUUCUAUGCGGUUGAACUUGAAGGUGGGCAGACGCUCUACGGUAGUGCUGACGCCGAGUAUCUGUUUUCUGGGGACAUGUAUCGUCUGACCUCGGAAGUUGAAAACCUUGCUGAAACCCGUCGUAUGACCAAGCGGCGCGCGUUGCUGGCUGCGGAACCACUGGAGAAUAUGGUGGUGUUCAGCCCCGCAGGUGAAACAAAAUCUUUUAUCAGUGUUUUCACGGAUGUUGACUGUGGCUACUGUCGCAAACUGCAUCAGGAAAUUGCGGAAAUUAACGCCCUGGGUAUCGAAGUCAGAUACCUGGGUUAUCCUCGAGGUGGAUUGGGUACACCCACCCACGCAAAAAUAGUGUCUGCCUGGUGUGCUGAUGAUCCCACCGAAGCGCUGACCGCUUUGAAGUCCGGCCUGAAUAUCGACAUGAAAGAUUGUGACAACCCAAUUGCUGAGCAGUAUGAGCUGGGUCGCAAAGUGGGGGUGACCGGCACGCCGGCGAUUGUCACCGCUGACGGUCGUUUACUGCCUGGAUACAUGCCCGCUGCCGCCCUGGCAGAAGCCAUUGGUCUGAAUUAG